CUUGACAAACAUCCAGUUCUGAUAUCCGCCGUGUAUUGUCAGUCGGCGCCCGCAACCUCAAACGUUAUAACCGCUGUUGCCUCCCAGGUGGAGAUGCGCAUCUCAUCAUGCCUCCCAGUCCAUCGAGAAUUGAAUCGUCCUCCUCAGACUCCUACGACAUGACUGAAGCCAAAGACUUUGCAGCUCCUGCGAGCCCUGGUCUUCCCAGGGUCACCUUCAACAACAUAGACACCUUCCAAAAUGACUCGGCAAUCGAUGAUACUGAGGAUGCAUCUGAUUUCGAACCGGAACCCUUCUCUCGAAGGCCUCGUUCAAUGUCACAUCACCUGUCGAGUAAAGAUAUACCUUCCAGGAAAGCGCUGAAAUACAGAGCACGCAUGUGGCGGUCCCUCAUGUCAUUUGGAAUGCUCUUCCACUCAUGGGCUACGCCUCGACCUCCCAAGCCUUCGUUUACACACCACAUCCCUACCGACAACGUCCCGAUUGAUCUCCUCUUCUACCUCCCUCCCAGACAUUCAGCUCUCCUUAGCCGAAACCCCGAUCACCGCUUCCCUGUUGUGAUCAACUUUCACGGUGGUGGCUUCUGCUUGGGCGACGCCAAAGAUGAUCGAUACUGGGCAAGAGUCGUCCUUGAAUAUACAAAUGCCAUCUUUGUCAGCGUCAACUACCGUCGGGCGCCGGAACACCCCUUCCCCGGACCCGUGGACGACUGUGUCGAGUCCAUCCUAUGGGUCGCAGAGCAUGCUGCGGAACUACACAUCGACCAGACAAACAUAGCCUUGUCUGGUUUCUCAGCUGGGGCGAACUUGACAUUCGCAGCUCCAUUGCGCCUCGCUUACCACCGCAAGGUUAAUGCCACAGAUGACAAAGCGUUCAGUCCGACCUCAUCACACACCAUGCAUAGCGACACCGAGGCCAACGACUAUGGAGACCAAGCCCAAGAAACCCAGAACUUUGUAACUCCCGUGCAUUCAACACAAAAUCUGGUCCGCAAGGAGACAAAGACGCCGCUGCGGAUUCGCACCGUCAUCGCCUGGUACCCGCUGCUCGACUGGACCAUGUCCCGGUCGCGCAAGAUUCGCGAAUCACGCAAUCCCAAAAAAUGCCUGGCUAAGACCUUCACGGACCUGUUUGACUUCUCCUACCUCCCUCCGCCAGACAUGGCGGGCGAUCAUUGCAGUCCAUAUGCCUCGCCCGGGCUGGCACAGGACCAUAUGCUUGUCGACGGCCUUCCAGAGGACAUCCAAAUGUGGCUGUGCGAGUGGGACAUGCUGCUCCGCGAGGGUCAAGUCUUCGCCGACCGGCUCGAGAAACUCGGCAAACGUAUCGACAGCAAGCUGAUCCCCCGCGUGCCUCAUGCCUGGGACAAAUCCCCUAACCCCUUCCGAGAUCAAAAGGCCAUCGAUUUCCUCUACAUAAAGUCUGCCAUCAAUUUGAACAAAGUGUUCCAGAACAAGGACGGUGUGGGCCCAGACAACUCGAUGAGCUCGCUUCACCCGACCGAUACCAUCAUAGAGAGGCAACCGAGGGCAAGUAUUGUCAUGCCGAUAUAAAAGUCACAUUCCCACAUUAGCUUGCGCCAAUAUUCACCUUGGGACACGCGAGAUCAGCUAGCUACCUACUUUUACGAAUUCUCACAACUUUAGCGUUGAGCGUG